AUGGACGAGAAACAGCCUUCUCAAAGAGUCAUGUUGCCAAUCCAGGCUCGCCGCAGUCGCCCUACCAUGACACUGAUUGUCAUGGCUAUUGUGACAUACACCUUUUGGAUAUGGCAACCCUUCAGGCCUCUCAUAGACGACGAGUCUUGGGUUCACAUCACAAACGACGAUAUUCAACCUACCGAUAGUCUCGUGCCUUUGGAAGCACAUAUCAUGAGCAAAUGCCCCGACGCAAAGGAAGCUCUCGAAUUAUUGGUGUUGCCUGUCAUGCAGCGCGUUCAUGACAAGGUCAACUUUACUCUAUCUUAUAUCGGCCGGCCAACUGCCAACGAUGGCGUCGACUGCAUGCACGGCCCUUCGGAAUGCAUGGGCAACAUCAUUGAACUUUGCGCCCGCGAGCUUUACCCCGACCCUAAGAUAAAUCUGGGUUUCAUUAUGUGCCUGAGCCGUGACUACUCAGAUAUCCCCGGCCGAUCCCUUGUCGAAGACUGCGCGCUCGAAUCCGCUAUCGACUUCCAGCAACUGAACGAAUGUGCUGUCAAGGAAGAUGGCGGCUAUGGUUUGAGUCUCUUGCGCCACAGUAUCAAAAGGACCGCAGACGUACGUCGGGACCGGAAACCAACAACAAUAAUAUAUGCAUGCUAA